AUGGAGGUGGUCUUCUUUGGCGACGAGGCGAGUUCGGACGACGAGACGGCGCUGGAAGUCGACGCCGACCUUGUCGUGACCAACACCAUCAUAGCCUCAGACGCGUGCUUUGUGCAGUACAAGGGUGUUUACAGCGGCAGCGACGUCGCUGUGCAGUUGGCGUACAGUACGCCUCAAGUCGACGCGCUUCGGAACGAGCUUUACAUUCGAUCGCGGCUCUCGUCGCCGUACCUCGUCAAGCUGCUGGACGUGCGCCACAACGACUCGCCGCGACCAGUUGCGAUCUUUGAGUACAUGGAUCACGGCUCGGUGCGCGACUACCUGGACAUACCAGCGAACAAGCUCACCGCGCGCUUCACGCUGGCCGUUGCAGAUGCUGUGGCCCGCGCGCUGCUGGACCUGCACCGUCAUGGCAUCCUCCACGGCGACAUCAAGGCUGCCAACGUCCUCCUCGCUUCGGACGGGGCCAUUAAGAUUGGACAUUUGGGUCUCGCACAGGUUGUGGACGAGGCGACGCCACGAGUGCUCGGCACUGGUACGCUGUGUUGGAUGGCGCCAGAGGUCUUUGAAGACACGAGCUACAGCUUUCCCGCCGACAUCUACUCGUACGGCGUGUUUCUAACGGAGCUCGACGCGCGCCACAAGCCGUACGCAGACUUGCGCCUCCAUAUGUGGGACGUCGUCGCGGGCGUACGCGGCGGAGCGCUGCGCCCGACGCUUGGGCCAGACUGCCUUCCGUGGCUGCGCGACCUUGCGACCUCCUGUUUAGCUUCGGAUCCGGAAGCGCGACCGACGGCCAAAGAUAUUGUAGCUAUCUUGCACGAGCUUGCGUUGGGGCCUCCGUAAGGGCACGAAUGGAUCUG